UCACCUUGCCGUUUAGUAGAAAUUAACACAAUAUUGUAAAUCAACUCUACUUCCAUAAAAUUUAAAAGAUAAAAAAUAAAAACGCAUCGGCAGAGGGGCAGCCACCCGCAGGGCGGGAAGCAGUGAGGCACGCACGCUGCUCCAGGAGUCCUUUGUGGGCAAAACUCAGAGCAGGUGUUUCUGCCUCAGAGACGUUCAUUCAUUCCAAAGGGGAAAGUGUGACUCGGCGGGAGGGACACGCAGGCGCCUCAGAGAUGAUGCCCCACAUCCUGGGGACCAUCGAUCGGUACGCAGACCCCAUCUCCGUGUGGGGACCCCACACAAGCCCAUUUGGAGGGACGUUCCCCCAAAAACCCACCAGGUUGCCACCAAGGACACGGUAUGAGGGCCAGGAGAGACUGAGGGGCUGCCCCAGAGCCCAGGAGACUCGGGGAGGCGGGGUGGGGGAUCCUGGACCAGAGACUGGCUGAUUGUGAAAUCCAGGCGGCCUGUGAGGGGGCAAACUUUGUGCAAGACGUGGCCCCGGGGAAGCUGGGGCAGCACAUCCGGGAAUUCUGCGGACUGCUGUAAGCGUGAAAUGCUUUCAAAAUGAAAAGCUUAACAACUUUUUUUUGGCCCCCAAAUUCCGUGAGCUCCUCUAUCUAUGCUUCUGUAGGUUUAAAUUUUUCAUAAUAAUGAGUCAGUUAUAAAUAGAUACAUAAAUAAAUGUCUCCCGGCACCAGAGUCUCCCCCUGCCCCCUCCCGUGUGGGGCAGCAUCGCUGGUCCCAGCCACUGCAUGCCAGGAGCCCCCCAGUCGUGACGACCACAGGUGUCCCUGGGGGAGGAAUCGCCCCAGGUGAGAGCUCUGCCUUAGAGGGAAGAGCGACUCCCCCAGACAAAGUGAGGGCAGAGAGAUGAUCCUGUGGGUCUCAGGAGGCGCAGGGCUCUGAGACCCUCACCCCCUUUUCUGUCCUGCUGAGUGGGAUUCAUCCCACCCCUGCACACGUCGGCCCCAUCUCACCUUGCUGGGGCUACAGGGACCCUCUGGGGGCAGGCAGUGCCCCCUUGGAGGUGUGGAAGCUGGGGUGCAUGUCACUGUGAGGGCUGUGGCCACAAGCCCCCUUGUCCAGAGGACUUCCAGCAUGGGGUGGGUGGGAGCCACCUUCCUGCAUCUCUUGAGGACCCCGAGCCUGAGCCUGAAGCCCCUGCAGGCUUCCUGGGGUGCAGCUUUGACCCCCAAGCUCCCCAGCCCUCAAGCUGGAAGGAGGAAGUGGGGACGCCCAGCCCAGGUGUGGGGCAACCCUAAUGGCCUCCCUGAAUUGGGGCUAUAAGAGGGGGUGGGCAGGCAGGGGGCAUGGCCCAACCAUGACCCGAAGCUGCAGACCCUCCAGCCCUGCCCUCGCCCCGGUGCUGCUGGCUGUGCUGCUGGGCGGUGCGUGGGGCCCAAGUCCGUCCGUCCGUCCAUCUGCCUGUCCCAUGCCCUCACGGCUCAGAUGGGGAAAGUGAAGCAGGACCCAGCUCAGCUGGCUGCUUGGGAUGAAUGCCUCAAGGGGAGGGGAGGAGAGAAAGGCGGGGCCUGGGAUACGUAGCUCUCUUUCCCCAUCUGUAAAAUGGGCAAAACCUAGUCCUUCCUGCCCAGGGAGGUGUCCUAGGGACUCAAUAUAACCAGAAUCCCUGGACAGCACCUGGCACCCAGCAAGCACUCAGUAAGUGUGCACGCACGAACGAAUGUGUCACCGAGUGAACGACGCACAUGUCAGAGGAAAAACCGGAGUGAGGGAACCCCUCCGCCCUCAUCCUGAUGAGGCUUUUUCAUGCCUCAGUUUGUCCAUCUGCAAGAUGGGUCAUCUUGCCAGCUUCUUCCCCCUCCUGACCUCCAGGACUGGGCGCCGCUGCUUCCUGGGAGCCUUCUGAAAUAAUAAUGAUAAUGACCACCGGGCUCUCCCCAGCGCUAACUGUCCCCGGCCCGGGCCUCUUCCCUCCACAGCCCCCAGCCGCCCUGUGCUGCUACGGGACCUCCAAUUUGCACAUGGGGAAACGGAGGCUCUGAGGGGUCCCGGGCCUGGUGGAGGCCACACAGCGGCUCUGCCCUCGUCCCCCGACCCCCGUCUGGGCUCCCUGGGCGGGGGAUGGGGCGGUGGGGUGGGGUCGGUCCCCCGUCCAGGGAGCCGCGGAGGGCGUUAGGCAAGGCGACGGCCGCUGACCCCGGCGUCCCCAGGUGUAGCCCGGGCCGCGGAGAUAGUGGGCGGGCGGGAAGCCCAGCCCCACUCGCGCCCCUACAUGGCGUCGCUGGAGCUGUUCCCCAGCAACCACUUCUGCGGGGGGACCUUGAUCCACCCGCGCUUCGUGCUGACCGCAGCCCACUGCCUGAACAACGUGCAGGCACCUGCCCUGCUCUCCAGGGCUGCACCCUGGGCCUCAGGACGGGGGGGGGGGCGCGGGGGGGGGGGUCGGGGUCCCAGCGAGGCGCACAGCCUGCAGACCUCCGAGCCCACCGAGCAGAGGUUCAGCAUCAGCCGCCUGUUUGAGAACAACUACGACCCACAGGAGAAGCCGAAUGACGUCCUCCUCCUGCAGCUGGACUGCCCGGCCACCCUCAACCCCCAGGUUGCGGUGGCCCAGCUCCCCCAGCAGAACCAGCUGCUGCCCCACGGCACCCAGUGCCUGGCCGUGGGCUGGGGCCGCCUGGGCACUGAGCCGCUGCCCCAGGUCCUGCAGGAGCUCAACGUCACCGUGGUCACUUUCCUGUGCCGGCCACAGAACGUGUGCACCUUUGUGCCCCGACGCAGCGCUGGCAUCUGUUUUGGAGACUCGGGCGGCCCCUUGAUCUGCGACGGUGUCAUCCAGGGCAUGGACUCCUUUGUGAUCCAGGGACGCACCACCCGCCAGUACCUGGACUUCUUUGCUCGCGUCUCCCUCUACGUAGACUGGAUCCGCUCAGUGCUGAGCAACGCGGGGGGCGAGGACGGCCCCUGAGCCCCCCCCACCCCCGGGCACUGAGGCCAUGCUGUGGAGAGACGCGGCGGGUCUGCUUCUGCGCCCGUGCCCCCCUUCCUGCGCCCCCGGCUCUUGGGAGCCAGGCAGACCCACGGUGCAUCAAUAAAAGCUGAACCGUCCCCCUGGCUCCUGUGUGUCCUUCCCACAGGGAGAUGUGGGGGAGAGUGGCCCAGGGUCCUCAGCGUCCGAGUCCCCAAACCCCGAGCUCGGGGUGGGGGUGGGAACAGAGGCCUGGAAGUCGGAGGAGGGCGCAGGUCACAGCGGAUCCCACUCCCCAGAUGCCCGCAGACGUGGGUUCUAACCCAGCCCCGCCAGUGUGACCCGGGGCAAGUUGCCGCCCCUCUCUGUGCCUCAGUUUCCUCAUCUGGAAAACGGAGUCACUCCAGACAUUUCCCAAGUGUCCAAGGAGCCCCACCCUGGCCCUCAGGGCUAGGGGUGUCCUGUCCAGUUCUGUGUCUCCUAGAUCUGGGGCCACUUGAGGACCAAGCUCUCAUAACACGGGGUGCCCAGGGCCUGUGGGGCUCCUGACCGGUCAGGGGCAGGCAGAAAGGCUAUUAGGGAGGCUUCUUGAAGGAGGCAGCAAUGCCUGAAUACGAACAAAAGGAGAAGUGUCGCCAGGCAAGGCACAGCCAGUGUAAGGGCCCUGCAUCAGGACAAGCUUGGGGGUGUGGGGGAAGGAGAGCAGGUCAGGGAGGGGGCAGGGAUGGAGCAUGCAGGGCCACA